AUAAUUUAUAAAAAAAUAUUUUAUGCCGUCGAAAUCCAUCGCAGUGCUAUGAAGUUUGUGAACGUACUCGUAUCUAGCUUUGAAGGUUCGUUCUUGUUAUUAAUUGUAUUGAUCGUGACUACUUUGAGUGUAAAUAUUUUUGCGCUACAUUAUAACGCAUCGCAUGGGAAUAAGGAAGCGUUCUUAUUACACCUGAUAUUUGUAUUUGUCAUAGUUCUUGUCAUGUUUUUAGCUAAUUAUGCCGGUCAACAAAUUAUCAAUUAUUGUAAUCAUAUAUAUAUCACUGCAUAUAAUGUUCGAUGGUAUGAGGCACCAUUACAUGCACAGAAAAUGAUUCUCUUCAUUUUAUUACAAGGCAACAAAAGUUUCACUAUAAAUAUCGCCGGAAUGUUUGUAAUUUCAUUAGAAUGUUUUGCAAUGUUAACAAAAGCAUCAAUGUCUUAUUUCACCGUUUUACAUACUACGCAGCAAGUGAAAAAUUUAUUGGAACAACUACAGUAUAUCUGUAAUAAUUUAAAAGACAAAAACGAAAUUGAUACCAUUCUAAAGUAUGGAAAUAACGCGAAACAUUGUACAGCUAUAAUUACAUUAAUCUCCAUAUGCAGUACAUUUUUUGCUACAUUAUUGCCAAUUUGGCCACAGAUUUCUAAUACUGUUUUAAACGUAAAUGAGUCUCGCUUACAAAGUCAUACAGUGUAUAUCGUAACUGAAUAUUUUAUAGAUAAAAAAAAAUAUUCUUAUUUAAUUCUACUGCAUGCAAACGUAACGAUAUGUAUAGGAGGGACAACGGUUAUAGCGACGGGAACGAUGAUUUUAGCGUGCAUCAUAUACGCUUGUGGAAUGUUUAAAAUUGCAAGUUAUCGUAUGGAGCAAAUAAUGUCGACCAAAAUGCUCGAAAAUAUUAACUUAACAAAGAAUCAAACUAUGAUUUAUAAAAAAAUAUAUUAUGCCGUCGAAAUACAUCGCAAAGCUAUGAAGUUCACAAAUACCAUGCUAUCUAAUUUUGAAGGUUCGUUUAUAUUGAUAAUAACAUUUAGUGUGAUUUCGUUGAGCUUGAAUAUUUUUGCAAUCUUUCGUAAUGUAUCAUUUGGGAAUAAGGAAGCUGCUCUAUUACAUCUGUUAAUUGUAUUUCUCAUAUUUAUAUACAUAUUUAUAGCUAAUUAUGCCGGACAAGAAAUUACAAAUCACAGUAAUCAUAUAUACUCCACUGCAUACAAUAUUCGAUGGUAUAAAGCACCAUCACGCAUACAAAAGAUAAUACUCAUUAUUUUACAAAGGGGCAGUAAAUCUUUCAAUCUAAAUAUCGCUGGAUUAUUUGUGUUGUCAGUUGAAUGUUUUGCUACGUUAACGAAAACAUCACUGUCUUAUUUUACCGUUAUUUAUUCUACACAACAAUCAUACGAAGAUACAUCGUAUAACCGGCCAUAAGAUGGGCCAUAAAAUAUUUUUACAUUUAUAAG